AUGUCGCUUAGCGCAUCAAAACUUGUUCAAGCGGCAUGUGGUAGUCGUGUCGCUGUCAGAACAAUGUACAAAAAUCCAUAUAUUGCUAGAUUCAAAGCGAGAAGCAAAGUUUCGCCAGAUUUCUACAAGAAGACAACCGGGCUCACUGGAUUGUUCGUAAAUGAACACCCUCAUCGUACUCUCUCUGUGGUAUACUGCCGUAUCCUGAAAGCACUUGAGCAAAUUCCACCUACAGCCGCUUACAGGAAGUACACAGAAGCGAUUGUAAAACAGCGACUCGCUUUAGUGCAGUCCGAAGACAACAUCCCGAUUCUUGAGGAGAAAAUAGGAAUGGGUCAGAUCGAAGAGGUGAUCGAACAGGCAGAAUACGAGUUAGAAGCUACAAGAGCAAUAAUUGAAUCCAAAGCAUGGGAACCGCUAGUCGAGGAAGCACCUAAAGGACAAUGGGACUGGCCUGUCGUUUAG